GCUGUCACCGAGUAACCUCAAUAUCACUGUCAAAAUAUUGCACUUGCUGUGAAAGAAAUACUUUAUUAAUUAAUAAAUCGGAGAGAGGAUUUUGAAGACAGGAUGGCAGAAAACACGAGUAAUCCUUACGAUAUCAAUGGGCAACAUUUCAAUUCGGAGAUAUAUCUCCAGAAAUUGACAAAGGAUUUUCGACUGAAACAAAUAAUCGAUCAUGAGGAGGAGAUCAAGAGGAAUACACAGGUUCUCCAUUCUGAGAUGCAAACCCUCGUCUAUGAGAACUACAAUAAAUUCAUUGCUGCAACUGACACGAUAAGAAAGAUGAAGAGUGAUUUCAAGAAAAUGGAGGACAGUAUGGAUUCUCUAGCCACAAAUAUGGACAGCAUAACAUCCUUUUCGGAUAAAAUAUCUUCGACACUCCAGGGCACCAGACAGCAGAUAUCUCGAUUAUCAUCCAUUCACACUCAUCUCAAAAGACUACAAUUUUUGUUCAAAUUACCGGGCAAUUUGAAGGAGAGGAUGAACGAAGGGAAUUAUGCACAAGCUGUCCAGGACUACAUUCACGCUCGUCGAGUCCUAAAUCAGUACGGCAACAUGCCAUCCUUCCACGGAAUUCAGAAAGACUGUGAGGAUAUCGUUAACGAGCUGAAAACCCAACUCCGUUUGCAAUUCCACAAGCACGACGCCACAACGAAGACCCUAGCUGAGAGUGUGGAUCUGUUGCUGCAGCUUAAUGAACCAGCCGAUUCUCUCUGCGAGGAGUUCCUGAGGCACGCCGACAGCCGCCUCGCAGAGCAGCUGGAGAUCCUCAAGGACAUGUGCGAAAACGAUGUCAUCGAGUUCGUGGACUCAGCGAGCUCAGGUUUCCUCAGCGAUCUCGGUCUUGUUGUGGCCUCCCACAACAACAUGUUCAUCAACAGACCCCUCCCCACCCACCCCCAUGAUCUUGAUAUUGCGGAUAAUUUGGAAUGCGACGUUAACGUGACGAUUCGACUUGAAAAAUUUGUCGCAAACAACAUGAACAAGUAUUUCGAAUUAACAAAGAACAGGAUGGAGAACGUCUCGGACACUGCAGUACUCGUUCGAGCCUUGGACAGAUUUCACAGGCGCCUCCAGGCGAUGAAUAUCCUGUGCAGUGCCACAGAUUUCGCCAGCACUGGAACGGAAAUCGUAAAAAACGCAGGGAGAAAGCAAUGCAGGAGUCAUUUAAACUCUUUGAAGCAACACCUGAAUGAGACUCUGGUGAAGGUCAGACAGACACUUGCCACCAAAAUAACGUCUGACAAUAGUGAUGGGGGAUUGGCUGAACUCCAAGCCCAUCUAGUGAUGCCCAUCAUCGAGAAGAUCAAGGGGGUCCUCCAGGACCUCUCAGCCUUUCUCCAGCCGGAUCUUUCAUUUAACUUGAGGGCUCAGUUCUUCGAGUCCUUCUGCGUUGAGGAAGUCCGUGAGGGCCUUGUUAUCGGCUUCCUGCAUCAUCUCACCGCUGUUGCAGCUGGAUUCUGCACGAGUUCAGACGUACCCAAGUAUCCACCCACUCUUCUCCUUCUACUAAGCAAAAUGUGCAUCGAGUUCAAGGAGAGCAGCAUCCAUUAUCUUCUGCAGACAGUUGAUGAGAUGUUCAGUGUUCACGAUUUUCCGGCAUCGAUUCAUGCACUAACGACUGAGCCGGAUAUCUGUGUGGAGUUCCAUCGAGCUGCUCAGGAUCUUCUCAAUCAUUAUGUUCGUCUUCAGGGUCUCGCUGUUUCGCAGAUGCUUAGGAAAUCUGUAGAGACCAGAGAUUGGCUGCAUACCAUUGAACCGAGGACUGUGCGGGCUGUCAUGAAGAGGGUUGUUGAAGAUGUCACUGCUAUUGACUUACAAAUUGCUACGCUUUAUGAUGAUAGUGAUGGUCAGGUCGAUAGGAGUAGUGAUAGUAGUCGAAAAACUCACAGUAUUAGUGUUUCAAGGCACCAGUAUCGCUCCAAUUGGUCAUCGUACAGUCAUCCGAGCCAUCUGGACUCAUCUCUGGUCACCAACAUCCACAAAUUAUUCUCGGAGAGAAUUGAAAUCUUUGCACCUGUACAGUUCAACAAAGCCUCCAUCCUCACUGGCAUCAUAAAAAUUAGCCUUAAGACCUUUCUGGAGUGCGUGAGACUUCGGACAUUCAGCAAAUACGGACUGCAGCAGAUUCAAGUGGAUACGCAUUAUCUGCAAUUGUAUUUGUGGCGUUUUGUAACGGAUGAAAAUUUGGUACAUUUCCUUCUUGACGAAAUAUUAGGGAGUGCGGUGCACAGAUGCCUGGAGCCAGUCCUCAUGGAGCCCAGUGUGGUUGACAUCAUCUGUGAGAGAGGAUAAGUGAAGGAAAAAGGGGUCUAAGGAUUUUUAUUCAAAAUAUACAUUGUUCAUGUAAAAUAUUUCAAAUAAAAUAUUAAUAAAUAACCUUUCCCUUUUCCCGCAUUUUCUUCAUGGAGGGAAUAAA